CUGUACUAAACUAUGCCUGAACUUUAACUUCAGGAAAGCUAAGUUACUGUUAGCAUGGGAAGUCGAUACGGUUUAGAUAAACCAAUUCUCAAACAAAAUAACAAUCAAAUAAAGUUAAAUAAAUAAGAUGCCAGAGAUAGGUAGUUGCUUUUAAACGUGUAUUUUGUAAUGUGUACUUUACCCUCUUGCAGGAACAUAAACGGGCAGUGAGAAGGUCACAACUGAUCAGAGAAGACACGAUGGGUAUCUAUUUUCUUCUGCUAAUUGUAGGGUUUUGCUGGGCCCAGUACAACCCCAAUACUCAACCUAGGAGGACGACUAUUGUGCAUCUCUUUGAAUGGCGCUGGGCCGAUAUCGCUCUUGAGUGCGAACGCUAUUUAGCUCCGAAUGGAUUCGGAGGAGUUCAGAUUUCUCCUCCAAAUGAAAAUAUUAUCAUUACUGAUCCCUGGCGACCUUGGUGGGAAAGAUACCAGCCAGUCAGCUACAAGCUCUGCACACGAUCUGGAAAUGAAACUGAAUUUAGAGACAUGGUGACCAGAUGUAACAACGUUGGAGUACCUAUUUAUGUGGAUGCAGUAAUCAACCAUAUGUGUGGAGCUAAUGUUGGUGCUGGCAAGCAUGCUACUUGUGGAAGCUAUUUCAAUGCAAAGACUGAAGAUUUUCCAGCUGUGCCAUACUCUGGCUGGGACUUUAAUGACGGUAAAUGUAAAUCUAGAAGUGGAGACAUUGAAAAUUAUCAUGAUGUAUCGCAGGUCCGUGACUGUCGCUUGGUUAGCCUUCUUGAUCUGGCUCUGGAGAAGGACUAUGUGCGCUCAAAAAUUAUGGAGUACAUGAACUAUCUCAUUGAUAUUGGUGUAGCAGGCUUCCGGAUUGAUGCUGCCAAGCAUAUGUGGCCUGAGGAUCUGAAGGCAAUUUUAGACAAGCUGCACAACCUAAAUACUAACUGGUUUUCUCCAGGAUCUAAACCUUUCGUAUACCAGGAGGUAAUGAAUUUUCGUAAACUCACUUGACAGGUA